CGGAGCCCUCUUGGACGAUGGGAUGGGUGCAAAAAUAGUCCGCGGUCAUGUGACAGAAAGGAAUACAACACGGCGAUGAACACACUGUUCGUGAAAUUGCACAUGUUGGACCCGCAGUCUGUCAUUCCAACAUUUCAUCUGCUGAAUCACAUCCGAGCUCUCCCGGAAUGCAACCUAGAGCUGGCCACCCGGGACUACCUCGGAGGCUCACUGGACGCUGCGGCACUCAGCGCGCAUGCGCGGACUGCCGUAACAAAGGAGACCAUGCCUAGCAACGGCGCGUCGCGCAUGAGCCUCGACGAAAUCGAAGUUUUUUACGGCAUUGACGUCGAGGAGUUUAUAAUGACGGAAGCACGUAACGUCGGCGUCUGGAACGGGCGACGUCCCGACAAUAAAAGAACUAGUGACCUCCAGGAUAGAUGCAGCGUCAUGUAAUCUCGUGAUCACAUUUGGCCGUUUCCGGCUCUCGUCGAAAAAAUGCGCACGCAUCCAGAUGUCGCAUCCGGAAUAAGCUCGCAUACCCUAUGGAAUAAGCAUCAAUUGUUCGUCUGUGACAACGAAAUGAACAAACGCAUGCGUUAGUUGUGACGAUGUUACAAAUACGUUUCGUUGAUUUGGACCUUCUAUCUAAUGACGUCGAGGUCUGGACGGAUUUAUACAAUUACACAUGUGUUUAGAUUUUGUGGGAGAAAAUCUCCAGUGUGCUUCCGUAUUGAAUGUAAUAUUGUUCAUUCGACUUAUUUUGUACCAAAAUCAUCAUGUUUGUCUUCUGUGAAUGUUUUAAUUGUAAAGCGUACAUUUUUGGUGUGAACAAAUGCAAAUAAUGCGGUAUCGAUGUAUAAGUUAUGCUAUUCACACAUUUUUGAAUGUAUGACAAGUAUUGAUAAAACAGUUCGUGUGUUAUACGUAACUAUUUAAUAUAAUACAUCGAUGACGAGCGAUAUUUACACGUGUUCGCUUGUACGCUUGUUAAUUAUGGUAGAUCUUAAGUCACAGGCUUAUCCGGGACGACAUGUUCCGCCCAAACUGGAUUCUCGCUAAGAAGAGACUUUCUUUAAACGAAGAAUACCAUAAAAGCGGACACUGUCGUCCCUGAAAAGCAUGUGAACAUGCAUUAAACCCAGUUUUCCUAAAACGCUGCUCUUAUUAUUCUUGUUAUCGCAUAAUGUUCAAAGUUUUGCCUUUGUUAUUAUUAUUAAUGGUUGCUAAAUAUGUUAAUAUUUGAAUAUAUAAUUCAACAUGUUGUAUAUGUAAAUAUUUGUAUAUAUGUAACAUAAAAUAACAUGUAAAUAUCUUUGAAUAUGUUUUAUGUAAUACAAAAGUUGUUACGAUGAAUUCAUAUUUUAUUUACGUUUAAAAUUAAAAU